AUGGCUGAAAUUGAUCAGAAUCAUACCGAACCUGAACAAGAUCAUGAAACUGAGUAUCAACCUGAAAUUGCGAAUGAAAAUGAAACUGAGUUUGUACAUGAACUUGCACAUGUACCUGAACCUGAAGAAGACAAACCUGAACUGGAAGAUGGGGUACCAGAGAAUGUUGGUCCUGAAGAACAGGGCCAUGCAAAUGAAACAGUUGAUGGAGGUGCUGAAAAAUGGCCAGGUUGGCCUGGAGAGAGUGUUUUCAGGAUACUGGUGCCUGCACAGAAAGUUGGAAGUAUAAUUGGACGUAAAGGAGAAUACAUAAAAAAAACAUGUGAAGAGACAAAAGCUCGGAUUAAAAUUCUUGAUGGUCCUCCAGGAAUGAGAGAAAGAGCAGUAAUGAUAUCUGCCAAAGACGAGCCCAGUGCUCUUCUUCCACCAGCUGUAAAUGGUCUUCUCAGGGUGCACGCACGUGUCACGGAGGGAAUGGAAAAUGAUUCUUCUCAACCUGCACCAGGUUUAGGUGGAAAGGUCUCGACAAGACUGCUUUUGCCAGCUGCUCAAGCAGGAAGUUUGAUUGGUAAACAAGGCACUACAGUCAAAUCCAUUCAAGAAGAGUCUAAUUGCAUUGUUAGGGUUCUUGGAGCAGAAGAGCUGCCGGUUUUUGCCCUCCAUGAUGAUAGAGUUGUAGAGGUAGUAGGGGAGCCCGGAAGCACUCAUAAAGCGAUCGAGUUAAUUGCUUCUCAUUUGAGAAAAUUUUUAGUCGAUCGUAGCAUAAUACCAGUAAUUGAAAUGCAGAUGCAAACGCCUAAUUCUCAUAUGGAAAACGUGCCUCCUCCUCCCCAGCAUUGGGGCCCGCCGCCUCCUCAAUCUCCCCAGCAUUGGGGCCCGCCACCUCCUCAAUCUUUUCCUCCGAAUGCUCACACAAUUGCUGGAUUUGGUGGAGCUAAUUCACACUUUAUGCCUCCUCCUAGACAGUUUGAUAAUUACUUUAACCAUGCCGAAAUUCCUCAGCCGCCCGAAAAUCAACCUCAUGAGGGGAUAUCUGUCUAUGGAAGGGAAGCCCCAAUGCUAAAUCAGACAGCUUCAGCAGUAAUCACUCAGAUCACACAGCAAAUGCAAGUUCCACUAUCUUAUGCCGAUGCUGUCAUCGGUACACAAGGAGCAAAUAUAAGCUACAUUCGACGAGUUAGCGGCGCGACAAUUACCAUUCAAGAGACGAAGGGAGUUCCUAGUGAGAUGACGGUUGAGAUUAUCGGAACUUCUUCUCAAACCCAAACUGCUCAGCAGUUGAUUCAGAAUUUCAUGGCAGAAGCUGCUGCAGCUGGGACAGCUCAAGCACAGCAAGCCUCGUCAGCCGAUCAAAUGUAUAAUAAUAAUAAUUCCUAUGCAGCUCAUGGCUCGGUUUACUCGUCCCAGCCUCAAAAUCCGAGUCUUUCGGGGCAAACAGGAGGUGCUGCUGCUUAUGGCUCGGUUUAUGGUUCCAACUAUGGAUAUUGA